AUGUCCUCUAACAAGCACAUCGUCUUCGACGUCGUGGGAACCUGUUUCACCUUUGACGCUUUCUUUGCAGCCAUUGAAGCGCGCAUGGGAUCCAGACUGCGCUCUCAAAGCAUCAACCCCCAUGUAUUCGGGUAUGCCUGGAUGGAAGCCGCUGAACGAGAAUACGCCUACCUCUCCAUGUCCAAUCGCUAUCAGCCCUUCCUCACCAUCUUCGACGCCAUUUUCUACCGCACACUCUGGUUCAGUGGGGUCAAGGACCCACGAUCCUUCGCUACGGAUGAAGACAGGGCGUUCAUGAUCCAAAGCUAUCAUCAACUCGAGCCACGGGAGGGGUUGAAGGAGACGGUUGAGAAGCUCCGCGAUGCGGGAUUCACCGUGUGGUGUCUCACUACUGGUGAUGUGAGUCGUGUGAGGGGAUACUUUCUUCGGCAUGGAAUUGAGAUGCCAUUGGAGAAUUUCGCAUCAUGCGAUAAUAAGAAAUUGGCGAAGCCGGCGUUAGAGGCCUAUCAGACGGUUUUGGAGAAGUUUGAUACCGAAAAGGAUGUGUUAUGGUUUGGAGCAGCGCAUAUGUGGGAUGUUUCUGCUGCAAAGGCAAGUGGUUUUCGAGGAGCGUAUUGUACCGCUUGGGAAAAGGAAUCUUGUCCGGAGGUUUUUGGGGAGAUGGAUGUGACUGCGGAUACACUACCGGAAAUGGCCGAGAAGAUUAUUCAAGCAUCAUGA